CAACUUGCUAAGGGUAUAGAGGGGGUCAGCAGAGUUCAUGCUAUUGUGACUGAUUACGUGUCAAAGUGCUGUGUCAAGUGUGCCACUGAUAAGGACUUUUUGGAUAUUUCUUCUGUUUUGGCAAAGAGCCAAGUACUAAAUAAUGAGGGGCCGAAUCAGCGUGGUAAAAUGGCCGCUACGAAAUGUCCGUGGCGCUCGACUUAUAACAACUAGUACACAAAACACAAAACCAACUGAGAGUGCGUUAGAAAUCAGUCAAAAACCAGCUCAAACAUGUCCGGUAAAAGGAUUUCGCGCGAGAUCCACUCAUGCGGCGAUCGACACGUCCAUUUUUGACAUGGCUCCAUCUGUCAAGUCGUGGGCUGAAGUACCUGGGCCUCGUCCAUUACCGUUCUUAGGCAACACUUGGCGAUUCACACCUUAUAUCGGAGGAUAUUCAGUAGAACAUAUAGACAAAGUGUGUCUGUCUUUGCGAGCCGAAUAUGGGAACUGUGUGAAGGUGACUGGUCUGCUUGGAAGACCUGAUAUGCUGUUCGUCUUCGAUGCCAGUGAAGUGGAAAGGGUAUUCAGGGGUGAAGACGCGGCACCUCAUAGACCAUCAAUGCCUUCUUUGAACUAUUACAAACACACCUUGAGGAAAGACUUCUUCGGCGCUGAAGAAAAUUGUGCUGGUGUCAUUGCAGUUCAUGGUGAUUCCUGGUCUGCCUUCCGAACCAAAGUAUCUCGGGUGGCGUUGAGCGCUGGCGCAGCAGCUCAGUACACGGUACCUGUCUCUGAAGUAGCUGAUGCCUUUGUCCAAAGAGUACGACAAAUAAGGGAUGAUAAUUUUGAAACCCCGGGCGAUUUCCUGAAUGAAGUCCACAAAUGGUCUUUGGAGUCUUUGGGACUAAUAGCUCUGGACACAAGACUAAACUGUUUUGACGCGUCAGAAGACUCAGAGAGUAUGCGCCUGAUCCACGCCGUACAGACUUUCUUCCUAAGUGUAGGUCAGCUCGAACUGCGCGCCCCCUGGUGGAGGUUAUACCCAACUAAGAUGUUCAGACAAUAUGUUGAGGCUUUGGACACAAUCCUUAGCGUAACUCUCAAUCACGUGGAGAAGGCGCUAAAGGAAUGCGAAGCUAAUGGAAGCAGCAAGUCACUGCUGCAGGACCUGGUCGCAGCAGCUGGGCCAAGAGUGGCAGCGGUAGCAGCACUAGACCUGUUCCUAGUAGGAAUUGACACAACAUCAAAUGCAGUAGCUUCAAUUCUAUACCAGCUAUCUCUAAGGCCGUCGGUACAAGAGCGGUUGUACGAAGAAGUUAGCAAAGUUCUUCAGGGUAGACCAAUGAAGCCAGGAGAUGUUAAUCAGAUGCCGUAUCUGAAGGCAUGUGUUAAAGAAGUUAUGAGGAUGUACCCUGUUGUCAUUGGUAAUGGAAGGCAACUGACUAAGGAUACUGUCAUUUGUGGAUACAAUAUACCUAAGGGGACUCAAGUAAUAUUCCAACAUUACGUGAUGGGGAAUAGUGACGACUACUUCUCCAAUGCGUCAGAGUUUAAACCAGAGAGGUGGAUGACCAGGUCUCCGGCACAGAAACACCACGCCUUCGCCUCCCUACCAUUCGGCUACGGCAAACGAAUGUGUCUUGGUAGAAGAUUCGCCGAGUUGGAAAUACAUACAGUAAUUUGUAAAAUGAUACAAGCCUUCAAAAUGGAGUAUCACCACGAACCAAUGGAUUACCACAUUCAUCCAAUGUACACACCGAAUGGACCUAUCAGAAUAAAAAUGACGGAUCGGUAG